UCAUUUCCCUCCAUUCUUUCCACUGUCCCAACCCAAGUCCAAAAUCCCCUCUGAUUUCUUUCACAUCUUUCGCUGAGAAAGACAACAAUAGAUAUAUUUUGGGGUUCAAUUCAAGGAUUUUCAGCCGCAGAAAAUGGAGCAGCAGAGAAAUCAGAAGGGGGCUCAAGAGCAACAAGAACUCGAGGAAGUUCAGCACGGUCCUUUCCCUGUCGAACAGCUUCAGGCGUCCGGAAUAGCUGCCAUUGAUGUAAAGAAGCUUAAAGAUGCGGGUCUUUGCACGAUUGAAUCUGUUGCUUACUCUCCAAGAAAAGAUCUUCUGCAAAUUAAAGGAAUUAGUGAAGCUAAAGUUGACAAGAUCAUUGAAGCAGCCUCCAAAUUGGUCCCAUUGGGUUUUACUAGUGCUAGCCAACUUCAUGCCCAGAGGCUUGAAAUCAUUCAAAUUACAUCAGGAUCAAGGGAACUUGACAAGGUCUUGGAGGGAGGAAUUGAGACGGGAUCUAUUACCGAGUUAUAUGGUGAGUUUCGUUCUGGAAAGACUCAACUCUGUCAUACGCUCUGUGUCACUUGCCAACUCCCAUUAGAUCAAGGAGGUGGAGAGGGGAAAGCAAUGUACAUUGAUGCUGAGGGAACAUUUAGACCCCAGCGACUCUUACAGAUAGCAGAAAGGUUUGGACUGAACGGGGCAGAUGUCUUGGAGAAUGUGGCUUAUGCUAGGGCUUAUAACACUGACCAUCAGUCAAGGCUCUUGCUUGAAGCAGCAUCAAUGAUGGUUGAAACAAGAUUUGCUCUCAUGGUAGUCGACAGUGCUACAGCUCUCUACAGAACAGACUUUUCUGGAAGAGGAGAACUUUCAGCUCGCCAAAUGCAUCUUGCGAAGUUUCUUCGUAGUCUUCAGAAGUUAGCAGAUGAGUUUGGUGUCGCUGUUGUUAUUACAAAUCAAGUAGUUGCACAAGUAGAUGGUUCUGCACUCUUUGCUGGUCCUCAGUUUAAGCCCAUUGGUGGUAACAUCAUGGCGCAUGCCUCCACAACAAGGCUUGCUCUACGGAAGGGAAGAGGGGAAGAGCGCAUUUGUAAAGUAAUAAGCUCUCCAUGUUUGGCUGAAGCUGAUGCACGCUUUCAGAUUUCUACAGAAGGCGUUACUGAUGUCAAGGACUGAUUUGAUUCAACCAACUUUCAGACAUUUUGUUUUGUAAAGCCCUUUUUAUCUAUUAAUGAUUUUCAAAUUUCAAGGAAGCAAGCACUGUGUCAUGUUUUACAACCCUUGUAAAAAUUUUGGCGGCUGUUAAAGCUUGUAUGAAACUUGAGAGAUCUUAUUACACUCGUCUUCCCAUUGUUUUUUGUAAUAUAAAAAAGAGAUCUGCCUGUGUUUUCUAGUAUAGUAAA